UGUGCUCAUUAGUGUUCUGGCAUCUAUGAUGUAUAAUCCCAUGUUUCUGUUCUAUGCAGUGGCAGACUACAGCACUGGCCGUGUAGGGGCUCCCCUCAUCUGCUGUGAAAUAAAACUGCAAGACUGGCUUGAGGGCGGCUACACCAAUAAAGACAAGCCCAACCCCCGUGGAGAGAUUGUGAUUGGAGGACCCAAUGUUACAAUGGGAUAUUUUAACAGUGAAAAAAUCAAUGAAGACUUCUUUGUGGAUGAGAACGGGCAGAGGUGGUUCUGUACAGGUGACAUUGGCGAGAUCAAUCCUGAUGGCUGCCUGCAAAUCAUCGAUCGUAAGAAAGACCUAGUGAAGCUACAAGCUGGAGAAUACGUGUCCCUGGGAAAAGUAGAAUCAGCUUUGAAGAACUGCUCACUCAUCGAUAAUAUCUGUGUAUAUGCAAACAGUGAACAGAAUUAUGUAAUAAGCUUUGUGGUGCCAAACCAAAAGAAACUGACCUGCCUCGCUGUCAAAAAAAACAUUGAAGGAUCAUGGGAGGAGCUCUGUAACAAUCCAGUCCUGGAGGGCGAAGUGCUGAAGGAGAUUAAAGAAGUAGCAACUUCAAGUACGUAAUAAAAUAAGAUCUACCUUAGCAGUUCUAAGCAUUUUUCAAUGGUCUCAGCUCAUGCCAUCCAUUAAUUGUACAGUUUUUGUUUUUAAGGAGAUUUUGUAAAGGUCAGACUUCUGUUCUAUUAUCCCCUCUCAGCUGAUGGCUAGAAGGUGCAAUGUUAACAUGAGUGUUUUAUAGAUAACAAGAUAAUUUCAUAAAUCUUGCCUGUUUUGCACUGUGAUUAGCUUAAGGUCCCAAAUG